GAACAGUGUUAGUCUCUUAGGGCACUCGCAUCAUCUGACCAUCGGUGAAACCUCUCUUUUGAAAACCAAAACCAACCAGAACCACCUUUCACUCCAUAACAUAACCACAAUGUCUCGCUCAAAAGUGCCCCUUGCCAUCGGCCUCGCCGCCGCGGGUGGUAUCGGCUAUUACUUCUACUCGGCCGGCGGUUCUCCACGGGCAGCUGAGAAGCAGUUUGAGAGUGACGCGCAACACGUCGCGGCUAAGGUCAAGGGCGAGGUUCCUCAUCGCUCGACCGACGCUGAGCAGCAGGGUCGCAAAGUGGGUCAGGAAAUCGGUGCCAAGGUCGACAGCGCGGUCGAAACCGUCAACAGGGACAUCUCCAAGGCCAAGAGCGAGACUGAGUCGCACGCAAAGGCCGCAAAGGCCGACGCUCUCAAGAAGAUCGACGAGUUCGACCGCAAGGUGGAGGACAGCGCCGCCAAGGGCAAGAGCUAUCUGUCAUCGUGGUUCGGCAGCAAAUAGCUAAAGGCUUCUUCGAAGUGUUUUGGAAAGGAAGGGGAAUCUUUUCUUGUCUUGCCAACUUACAAGGCUAGUUUUGGGGGUUUAACAUCUUCUAUUCCAUAGGCGUUUUCUGAUGAAUCUCUUCAGUUGACCCAGCAGAUU